AUGCCUUCUUCCUCACCUUCUCCUUUUCCUUCUUCUCCUUCUUCUCUUCCUUCUUCUCCUUCUCCGUUUCCUUCGUCUCUUUCUCCGCCUUUGCGUCUCGGCGCGAGAGGGACGGAGGCGAAGUGGUACGACGGGCGAGAAGAGCGUGAGAGCGCGGCAAGAGAACGCAACGUCUCGCGGCACCUGCACACUGUCUACGAGGGCUUCCCAGCGCAAACGCAGUCGACGCGGAGAGAAGGAAAAGAAAUGCUGAGAGAGUCUUCGCGAGAGCGCCGGCGGUCCCUCCACGUUUACAGGGCGGGAACUCCAUCCCAAGGCCUCGCCAACAUGGUGCACGGCCCGUCGCCGUUCCUUCGUCUUCUCCCUCACCCGUGCUCGCUCUGUCCCUCGAAUUCCACUUCGCCUGGGAACUUUCCCGUCUCAGAUCCGUUCUGUGGAGAGCAAGCGACGGAGCGACGUGACGACUUCUGCCUCUUCUCGCCCCUCGCGACUCGAGGGCAGCCUCACCAGUCGCCGUGGGUCUACGAGAAACGCGAACGCCUCCCGGCAGGCGACGUCUUGGCCGCGUUGUUGCGCGACGGUCCAGGGCGAGGCGAGAGUUUCGCGCGCGCCCUCUUCGUCGAAGAAAUCUCCACAGAGCUCCUCGGAUGCUACCUUUCCGCGCCGCAUCAUCCCCCCGUCUGUUCGUGUCCUUCUGGAGCGGGGCGGCCCUCACCGGUGUCGAGGGCCGAGCUGGAUGACCGUGGCAGAAGCCGCGGAAAACGCGAACAAGGAGACGCACGCGAACCCGAGGCGGCGGGAAACUCAUGCAAAGAGAAGAGGCGCGAUAAAAGCCGACGCGACAGAGGGCUAGAAAGGCCAGAAGUCGGCAGAGAUGCUCCACGCGUCCGCGCUGUCUCGACCGCUGCCAUCAUGCACCGAUUUCUCGCGAGCUCUCGCCUCGUCAACCUCGCGGUGAGUGGUGCGGAAGAGGAGACGCCGAGGAAACAGGAGAUGGGCGAGCGCGAGCCGAACUCUUCGACGCAGCCUGGAACAGAAGCAAACGACGGAAACACCCUGCGAGGCUGCGCUCAGGCUGAGAAGCGAGAACCGAGAGCGCAUGCACUUGGCGAUUCUGCGCGCGAAGCAGGAACCUCAGAGAGCCCCGUUCACGACUUACAGACACUCCAGCACGGCAAACCUGGUGAAGCCGGCAGAAAACGGUUUGAGGCGGGUUUGCGUCGCAACGCUCUUCCGCUAUCAGAGGCGGCAGCUGGAGAUCGAAACAUGCAUGCGGAACGGCAGAGACCAAACAGACUUCGAGGGAGUCCUGGGAAACGCAUCCAUCAUCCUCUGUGUGCGUCCCAGACGCCCCGAGACCGCCUGUUCUACACAACAGUUGGCACCGGGCCCGAGCACGUCGUGGUGAUCCACGGGAUCUGCAUGAGUGGUUCGUUCUUUUCGGAUGUUUUAUCGUGUUUCCUGGAUGCGUCUGUAGGUUCCUCGCCCGCCUGGAAAGAGGAGAGCGCCAGCGUGAAUCCGAGCGCGCAGUCGCAUCCGCCUCCAGCCUGCGUCGCUUCUUCUGCAUGCGCCCGUGCGCGCCGUUCUUCCAGGCGAGCGAAGACUUCCGCGGCGAAGCGCGAGACACAGUCUCUCCCGCCGUCGUUCUCGCCGGCGUCUGCGGAGUGUGGCACGCGGCGUUGCCCCAGUCGCGAGAACUUCGCCGGGCCGAGUCCCGGCGCGGAAAAGGCCUCUGGCGCCGGCGACGAGCGCGUGCGCGAGGAAAAGGGCCAUCGGAGGAAAGACUCGAAACGCCGGGAAAAGCACACACACAGCCCUCUGGACCCUGCGCUGUUCACUUUCUACAACGUCGACUUAGUCGGCUUUGGCCGCAGUGCAUCGAUCUACUCUCCGACAGACUACUCACGCCGCGAACAAGCUAUCCGCGUUGUCCAAGACAUCAUCUUCGCGAAUAAACUCCCCGCUGUACACCUCGUCGGACACUCCUUUGGGAGCUUGGUCGCCGCGGAGGUCGCCCGGCUGUUGCCUCUUGGCUCAGUGAAGUCGGUGCUUCUUCUGGCGCCUGCCUAUUUCGAGUCGACGCGACAAGCCAUGCAAAUUCUAACUGCCACGCACUUCCCUGCUGCGCAUUCGAUCGCCCACCCCAUCGUGGCGUUUUUCAUUCUCAAAAUCGGCCGUUUGCUGCGCCCGGUCUUGGAGCCGAUUUUCAACAUUGUUGUUCCGAAGGACGAGUUGCCGCAGCUCUCCGUGGCAGACCUUUUCAGCAUCGACCCAGAUGCCAUGGUUGGAACGAUUCUGUCCAUCGGUGAGGAAGUCGGAAAUGCGCGGGGUGGCUCGUGA